AUACCAGCCCAGCCCCUGACAGCCCCUUGACAGCCCCCCAUGACCCCCGGAGGCAGGUGAGGCGACCCCCGCAGCCCCCAGGAGCCAUGAGUGAGCCGCAGGAGGUGGAGGCGGGGCCGCAGGAGGAGGAGGAGGAGGGUGAGGAAGAGGAAGAGGAGGAGCAUGGUGAGGGUGAGGAAGAUGAGUCCCUGGAGCCCCCCCCUGACGCCCCCCCCGCCUGGACCUCAGGGUGGGACGACGACUCCAACGACGUGGACCCCGACCCCGACCCCCACGCCACACCGGAGCGUGAGAUCUUGUGGGCCUGCGAACAUGGCCAUCAGAGUGUUGUAGAGAGGAUCCUUGAGCAGCACCCCGAGGCGGUGGGGGCCCAGGACAGCGACGGCUACACGCCCCUGCACCGCGCAGCAUACAGCGACUUCCCAGAGAUUGUCAAGCUUCUCCUGGGCGCUGGAGCUUCAGUGUCCGCCAGAACCGCCGACGGCUGGCUGCCCCUCCACUCCGCCUGCCGCUGGAACCACCACACCUGUGCACUGAUCCUCCUCGACGCCGGGAGUGACAUAAACGCAGCAACUAACAGCGGACAGACACCCCUCCACCUCGCUGCCGUCAACCCCCAGGCAAAGGAGACGCUGCAGCUCCUCCUGAAGAGCCGUGAUAUUAAACCGACGCUCACCAAUAGCAACGGGGAGACGGCCAAGGACAUAUCAGUGCGCAGCGGACCCUUUGCGUACUUGUUUGAGGUCACGGAUCCUGUUUUGAACGUUCUUGAGGAUCCGGAGUAGUGGCUAAGUGACCUGGUGUUGACCUCUGACCUAACCUGACCUGACCUCAUUCCACACUAUAUUGAAUUUUUACCAGGAGAGCUUUUAGUUAGCUCCUAUAAUUUUUUUUCUUCUUUUUUUUAUCUUCAUUCCAUUUAAGUCAUUUUUGUUUUAUUUGUUUUUUGGGUAAUAGUUUUGUAGGUGUUAUAUAUAUCUUCAACCUCUAUAAUCUUCACUUCUUCAUUUCUUUCUUCAUCUUUUUUGUUUAUUUAUUUAUUUAUUCUUUAAAGGGGGAAGGAGGUGAAGGCUGUGACGAUUCCAUUUCAUUCUGCCAUUCCUUUAUACUUUUUGUCCGUGCCUGCGAUGGUGUAGUGGAGCCUUUUAAAAUGGGUGGAAAGGUGUAGAUUGCUGGGUGUAGGAGUUGUUAGGGAAUGUAGAAAGACUUGGGUAUGUGUAUGAGUUUUAUGAGUGGGUGUAAGGGUAUUUAACUGGGUGUAGGUGACAAGCAGUGGGUGUAGGGGUUGUGUUAGGGAGUGUAGGAGGCAAGGAGUGGGUGUAAGAAGAGAUAGGUGGGUGUGGGAGGCUUAUGAGUGGGUGUAAGGGUAUUUAACUGGGUGUAGGUGACAAGCAGUGGGUGUAGAAUGUGAAAAACUGGGUGUAAGUGAAGUUAGGUGGGUAGAAAAGGUGUGUGAAGGAGUGUGAGUUAAUAUAUCAACAA